AUGUCACAAGCGUCCUUCCGGGUAAACGGCGAUUGUGUGACAAAGGUCGGCGGCGCUGUCGUCGGCGGAAUGCUUGGCGGCCCCAUUGGCGCCGUCGUCGGCGCACAGGUGGCUUCAAAAAUGGGCCCAGCCCUGGACAGUGCACUCCAAGCACUGGAGGGUGACCUGGAAGAGGAGGAGGAGAAGAAGGAUGAGGAGAAGAAGGAGGAGCCAGAGCAGGCUCCUGCAAAAAAGGCCGUUCAAGCCGAAUCAAAGGCCUCGCCAUCACAGCCGGGAACUGCCGCGAAAGUUUCCGACAAGGCCCCUAUGCCUGCUGAAGAUGUGUCGGAAGCUCAAAGCAGCGCAUCUGCGCCAGCCGGCAAAGCGGGAGCUCCGGCCGACAUGCCCAGCCCUUCUGCGAGAGGUGACGACCUCAUGGACGAACUUCAGGCAUUGCGGAAAGGCGUCCCGGAGAAGGAGAAAAAGUUGGAAGCUGAGAUUGCGGAGCUCUACGCCAAGGCAAAAGAGGCGAUGAAAGUCGGCGAUGAAGAGGCAGCUCGCAAGCUUCUGGAGUCUAAAGCGCAGGCUCAGGCCAGUUUGGAGAGUCUCCGCGCUGGCCAGCAGAGGCGCGCGGCGCAGCAAUCCGAGCAACUCGAGUCCUUGGAGUUUCAAGUCAAGGAUCUCUACGCGCGGGCGGAGAAGUCAUUGAUCGCCGGCAACGAGACAGAGGCCCGGCGCUGCCUGCAGGAGCGGGAGCAAGCACUCGAGAAGCUGGCGCAGCUCCAGCGGGCACGGGAGUCCUGA